AACCCGCGGGUCCAGGCGGCCAGGUUUAAGUUUCAAGCGAAUGCGAACGAGCAAGACCAAAACGGAAACACCACCCAAAGCCCUCCCUCGAGGGACGUGUCCCCUACUAGCCGAGAUAACCUAGCUGCCAAACAGGUAGCUCGGAACACCGUUACCCAGGUCCUUUCCAGAUUUACAGGCCCUCAGAGCGGCGCUCCGUCGCGGCUGGGGGCGUCGCAUUCUAUGGAGGUUGGCACUUACCCCCCGGUCGGUAGAACGAAUUUAAAGACUCCCAGCGUGUCAAGAAUUGACAGAGGAAAUCCUCCGCCUAUUCCUCCUAAAAAACCAGGGCUUUCGCAAACUCCUUCUCCACCACACCCACAGCUUAAAGUUUUAAUGGAUAGUAGUCGAUCCCCAAAUACGAGUGCAAAAACUGACAGCAAAACCGUGACCUCACCUCUUUCAAGCUCACCACAAGGAAUCAGGGUAAUAAAUGAGGAAAUUAUUUCUAAAUCCUCACCUCAGCUGCCACCAAAACCUGCUAUAGAUUUAUCUGUGGCACCUGCAGGCUGUGCCAUACCAGCCAUAGCCUCAUCUCAGGUGGGUGCCUGGCCUUCCCACUUCCCUGGACUGAACCAACCUGCAUGUUCAGAAAAUUCCUUUGUCAUUCCCACCACCAUUGCCUGUAGCUCCUCCAUAAACCCUGUUAGUGCUCCAUCCUGUAGACCAUGUGAUUCAGACAGCCUCCUGGUAACAGCAUCAGGCUGGCCUUCCUCCCUAACCCCUUUGUUAACAAGUGGUGGUCCUGUCCCCCUGGGUGGCAGGCCCACCCUUCUUCACCAAGCUGCUGCCCAGGGAAAUGUCACUUUAUUAUCUAUGCUGCUUAAUGAAGAAGGACUGGACAUUAAUUACUCUUGUGAAGACGGCUAUUCUGCCUUGUAUUCUGCUGCUACAAAUGGACAUACAGAUUGUGUGAGAUUGCUGCUGACUGCAGAAGCACAAGUUGAUGCUGCUGAUAAAAAUGGCUUUACACCCUUGUGUUCAGCAGUUGCUCAGGGACAUGUCAAGUGUGCAGAAUUAUUAAUUAUGUAUCAGGCUGAUAUUAACCAUGCUGCUGAAAGAGGACAGACACCUUUGUACCUGGCCUGUAAAAAUGGAAAUAACGAUUGUAUUAAGCUAUUGUUGGAAGGUGGAGCAGAUCGAACAGUAAAAACCACUGAUGGCUGGUCACCAAUUCACGCAGCAGUGGAUUCUGGUAAUGUUGACAGUCUCAAGCUCCUUAUGUACUAUGGAGAGCCAAACAAUGGGAACUCUUUGACUGGUGCAGAACUGAAUUUAGGCUACUUUGAUUUGGAGAAGAGAGAAGACAACUGUGGCAGUAGAAUAAAGCCUGUUGUUUCUGCAGAUCUCAUCAACCAUGCUGACAAAGAGGGUUGGACUGCUGCACACAUAGCAGCAUCCAAAGGCUUUAAGAACUGUCUAGAAAUUCUUUGUAGCCAUGGUGGACUAGAGGCUGAGAGAAAAGAUAAGUGCAAUCGAACGCUGCAUGAUGUUGCUACUGAUGAUUGCAAACAUCUCCUAGAAAACUUAAAUGCUCUUAAUGUACCUGUAAGGAUUUCAGUCAGUGGCAUUGAACCAGCCCGUUGUGGUACAGAGGAAUUUGAUACAGAAAACACAAUAUGUGCUUUAAAUAUCCGCAAACAGACAUCAUGGGAGGAUUUUUCAAAAGCAGUGAGUCAGGCAGUGACAAACCAUUUCCAGGCAAUCGCUUCUGAUGGAUGGAGGAGCCUAGAAGACCUGUCAUUUAAUAGUGCUGCAGAAUCCAACAUUGGCCUCAGUGCAAGCAGUAUAUUAUCUGUCAAACUAGGGAACAUUUCAUGGUCAACAGGUCAGAUUUUUUCCCAGCCACCAUGGGACUUUUUGAAGAACAACAGAACUGAGCACAUCACAGUGUUUUUGUUUGGACCUCAAGAAGGCUGCCUGAAUAGUGUGACUUACGCAUCUAUGAUCCAUCUUCAGACACUUCAGAAUUACCUCCGCCUGGUGGAACAAUAUCGUAAUGUCAUUUUCCAUGGUCCAGAAGGAAGUCUGCAAGACUAUAUAGCUUAUCAGAUAGCGACCUGCAUGAAGCAAAAGCAAGUGGCUGCAGGAUUCACAUGUGAAAUCGUUAAAGUUGAAGUGGAUGCUGGUUUCUCCAAGGAGCAGCUUGCAGAACUGUUCAUCAGUAGUGCUUGUCUGGUCCCAGUCAAACAGCCUCCUGUAAGCAAGACAACCAUUGUGAUUUUAGAAAAUCUGGAGAGAGCUUCUUUAUCUGAAUUACUAGGAGAUUUUCUGGCACCUCUUGAGAAUCGCAGUUCAGAAAAUCCUUGCACUAUUCAAAGAGCAAAUGGAGUCUCUGGUGCCUUCUACUUUCAUGAGAACUGCUUUGUGCUGGGGACAAUCGCCAAGUGUCAUCUGCAUGGUUCUGACCUGCUGGGUCAGCAGCAUUUUCGUUGGGUUCAACUUAGGUGGGAUGGGGAACCAAUGCGUGGCUUACUUCAAAGGUUUUUAAGAAGAAAAGUUAUAAACAAG